GUGGUACGACGGAGAAGCGGAAAGGGAGGACGAGGAAGAACCCGGCGGGGAGAACGCGAAGAACGCGAAGAACGAGAAGAACGACCACGAGGCCGCGCCGGACGUGAGCGAGGCCGCGCCGGAGUCCUCUCCUUCGUCCCCCUUCUCUCUCUCUCCCCUCGUCCCUCCCGUGCCUCCUCCCUCGGCGUCGAUUCACGCUUCCUCCUCCUCCUCGUCCUCCUUGUCGUAUUCUCCCGCUGUUCUGUCGAACGAGGUGACGUCCUCAUCCUCAGGACUUCCUCCUUACGUCCCUUCUCCUUCCUCUCGCGUUGGAGGAGGAGGAGGUGGUGGAGGAGGAGGAGGUGGAGGAGGAGGUGGGGGGGAAGAGGAGGAGGAGGAAGGGGGUACGGCCGUGGUGGGGAACGGAGAAGAAAACGAAACCCGCCCCACCAUUUCCGCCCCCAUCACCACCACCACCUCCACCACCACCUCCACCACCAACGGCAACAGCUCGCCCCCGACCCCCCACCGCAAGGAGGAGACGCUCGGAAGACCAUAUGAGGAGAUCGAGUUCGAGGACAAGAAGCUGAACGGGUCGGUGAGCAGUCCGCCCAGGACCAACGGAGAUUUCAUCGGCACUAAGAUCCCCGCAGCUGCUGCCUCCUCCUCCCCCCUCUCCUCCUCCUCCUCCCCUCCCUCCUCCCCCCCCUCGCCUGGGGAAGGAGGAGGAGGAGGAGGCGGCGGCGGGGGGGGCGGCGACCCCGCGUUGCCGGAGACCCUCUCGGAACAGAUUUACGAUAUCCCUGUUGGUCUGGUCACAAGCAGCCUGUUCAAAAAUGGAGCCACGACGGACAACCUCCCGCCCGGCGUGCUGUACCGCGUGCGCGCCACCUACAAGUACACGCGCGAGGACGUGGACGAGAUCAGCUUCGAGGUGGGCGACGUGAUCCAGGUGGUGGAGUACGACGACCCCGAGGAGCAGGAAGAAGGCUGGCUCUGCGGCGUAAAGGAAACCACUCUGGAGAAAGGUCUCUUCCCGGCGAACUUCACGCGCCCGAUCUAAGCAGGAGGAGGAAGAAGGAGGAGGAAGGAGGAAGGAGGAAGGAGGUUGGAAGAUGGAGGAAGAAGAGGAAGG